GAUGCUGCGCAUGAGCCGGAGCGGAUGCUGCUGAUGCUGCUGAUGCUGAGACGCCUCCAUCACCACCACCACCAUCACCACCACCGCCUCUGUGCAUCCGUCUCUCCAUCCCUGCCUGGGAAUCCUCGCCUCCUUCCCUCUUUCCCAGGAGACAGCAUCUCCCGUUGGCCAUGACCAAGGACGACUCGGCGGAGCUCCCUUCGGAGGAGGACCACCACCCCUUGGACUUCCAGAGCCCGGUCCUGGAGAGGAGGAAGAAGCCCAUCGUCCACCCUUCGGCUCCUGCUCCGCUGCCCAAGGAUUAUGCUUUCACCUUCUUUGACCCCAACGACCCGGCCUGCCAAGAGAUCCUCUAUGACCCCAUCACCACCGUCCCGGAGUUGUUUGCCAUCAUCCGGCAGUGGGUUCCCCAGGUCCAGCACAAGAUCGAUAUCAUUGGCAAUGAAAUCCUGAAGCGUGGCUGCCACGUCAACGACCGGGAUGGCUUGACCGACAUGACUCUGCUCCAUUAUGCUUGCAAGGCUGGGGCCCAUGGCGUCGGUGACCCUGCCUCUGCCGUCCGUCUCUCCAAUCAGCUCCUGGCUUUGGGUGCGGAUGUGACCCUCCGCAGCCGCUGGACCAACAUGAACGCCUUGCAUUACGCUGCCUAUUUUGACGUCCCCGAACUCAUCCGCAUCCUCCUGAAGGCCUCCAAGCCCAAAGAUCCUUGUUUUAUACAGAACCUAACCUACUUCCUCAACUCCACCUGUAGCGAUUUCAACCACGGGACGGCCCUCCACAUUGCGGCUUCGAACCUGUGUCUGGGGGCCGUGAAGUGUCUCCUCGAACACGGAGCCAACCCGGCGGUCAGGAAUAGUAAAGGCCAGGUCCCUGCGGAUGUGGUGCCAGACCCCAUGGACAUGACUUUGGACAAGGCGGAGGCGGCCAUGAUCGCCAAGGAGCUGAAGCAGCUGCUGCUGGAUGCCGUGCCCUUGAGCUGCAACCUACCGAAGGUCACUCUGCCCAACUAUGACAACAUCCCAGGGAACCUCAUGCUCAUCUCCCUCGGCCUCAAGCUCGGAGACCGGGUCCUUGUGGAUGGGCUGAAGGUGGGCACCUUGCGUUUUUGCGGCACCACCGAGUUUGCCAGCGGUCAGUGGGUCGGAGUGGAGCUGGACGAACCUGACGGCAAGAACGACGGCAGCGUGGGAGGAAUCCGCUACUUCAUUUGCCCUCCAAAGCACGGAGUGUUUGCCUCGGUGUCCAAGAUCACCAAAGCGGCUGACCAGACCCCUUCCUCGGUCACUUCCACCCCUCGGACCCCACGGAUGGACUUCUCCCGCAUGACCGCCAAGGGACGCAAGGAGAAGGACAAAGACAAGAAAGCUCUGAGGAAGAAGUCCCUCUCCGUGGGCAGCCUGGACCGCGAAGGCUUGAAGAUCGAGAUCGGGGACCAAGUGCUGGUGGCCGGCCAGAAGCAAGGUCUCAUCCGCUUCUAUGGGAAGACCGACUUUGCCCCAGGCUAUUGGUUCGGCAUUGAGUUGGACAAACCCACCGGGAAACAUGACGGUUCGGUGUUCGGGGUCCGAUAUUUCACUUGCGCCCCGAAACACGGGGUCUUUGCACCUCCUUCCCGGGUUCAGAGAAUCGGAGGCCCGAAGGAUGCUCAGGAUGGCAAUUCGGCAAAGAAGGUCCACCAAGUCACAAUUUCACAGCCAAAGCGCAACUUCACAGCAGUCAGAACCCCGAAAGACAUCACGUCGGAAAGCUCUAUUUCUAGGUUACUUUUCUGCUGCUGGUUCCCCUGGAUGCUGCGUGCCGAGAUGCAGUCGUAAACGUCCCUUGAUCAUCCUUCCUUCCUUCCUUCUUUCCUUCCCUUCUUCCUCCCAUCCCUUCUUCCCUGCUGUUUCUUCUUCGCUCUCCAAGUAAUCAAAAGAAAGACUGCUCUUCGGAUCUUGUUUCUUUUUCCUUUUCUCAUCUCUCCUUCCCCGAUGGCUGUUCUAGUGAACCCCAGUGCCUUGUUAAGACAUAUUUGAACACCGUCCUGACACCCACUUCCCUAGGUAGUUUGUGAGAAAUAAUGUUAUGCGGUCCUGCGUUCGGUUUCCUGGCACACAACAAUAUAAUGUAGGCACACAACCUCUCUCCGCUGCACCUACUUCCUUUCCCAGAAUUAGGAUAAAGGGAUUUAUCAAGGGACAGGCUUAGAGGGUAGGGUCCCAAGAGAAGGCUCUGCUCUUUCCCUAUAUAUAUAUAUUUACAUAUAUAUAUGCGCAUGUACUCUCCAAGGCCCAUUCUGGCAACACAUUAAACCAAAAAUCCUAGGUUUGCAUCUUAUUGGCAACAAACCAGGAUUAAAACAACAAUCCUAGGUUUGUUUAGUGUUGCACUAAUUGGAAGAGCCAAGUAGUUGCAGCUUGUUUGCAAUAAACCAGGAUUAAACCAAUACUCCUGGGUUUAUUUAGGGUUGCACAGGCUGUCAGAGCUGGAUUA